AUGUCGAAUCGAAUCUCGCAAAACUUCGUUCUGGCGCUGUGCCUGCAAUUGGCGGGCCUCGCUCAGGGUCAUGUCGUCAUAACCUAUCCAGGCUGGAGGGGUAAUAACCUGGGCCACACUGACGAGUUUCCAUUUGGGAUGCAGUGGAUGUAUCCGUGCGGCGGGCUCCCCGUUACUACAAACCGCACGCAUUGGCCCAUCGGUGGUGGUGCUGUUGCGUUCCAACCGGGCUGGUUUACCGGUCAUGCUUCGGCGUUGAUAUACAUCAACAUUGGAUUGGGCGAGCAGCCAGAGAACUACUCACAGCCCAUAGCCAAGUUUUAUCUCCAAGGUCCAACGGAUAACCCGUAUCCAGGCUCAGUUUGUCUUCCCCAGCUCACACUUCCUGAUGAUGUGAGGGGGCAGGUCAAGAGCGGAGACCUUGCGACGAUUCAAGUGAUUGAAGCGGCAAAGCAUGGCGCUGGAUUGUUCACUACUGGGGAAGAAUGCGCGGCACAGGGCCAAAACUCCCCUGCCACUCGCGCCAUGACAGGUCCGAACUUUCCUUUUUUAGCAAGUGGGGUGAGACAACAGACCCCGCAGCGCGUACCCCUGUAUAAACACCCGAACGCGUCUUAUAACUCGACCAGGUGCGUCAGUUACGAGCCCUUGGCAGCCUGUCGAUAUCACAACUGCUCAACUUUUCCCGACAACUAUACUCCCACUCCAUUGCGGGUGGUAUCUCCGAGAUUCUCACAAGUCUGCACCAUGAAGGUCAUUCCAAGCCCCGUCUUGGCUACCAAAGCCACCCCCCCCCAUGCGCGCCACGGUCAAGGUUCUGCUUCCUCUCCACGAGUUCCUUCCAUCCUCGCUCGCCACCCGAUCCAAGUUGACUUUGUUCGGCCUCAACGUCCCGCCAUCGUUCCUGGGAAUAACCGCGCGGCCCAACACAUACGCCGGAACUCCGGGCCCAAGCACUCGAUUUUGGAUGCCAAAGUCAACAAACCCACCAGCCAUCGAACCAGGGUUGGGCCGUGGCUUGAAAAUAUCGAAGCAUCACACGGGUUGCCUUCCCCAACUCUAGAUCACCAAUCACCUUACUCGCCCUCUCGACGGAGGUCGAUGUCGCUUGGCACAUCCUCACCGCUUGGAGCCAAGUUCACGAGAAAUCCUAAUUCUCCUCGGGUUCCGCUUGCCGACAUCACAUCGCUAGUGUUGGCAGCUGACUGUCCCACCACCUUUUACGCAUCUGAAGCUGCCGACGCCCAAUCACAGUCAUCAACAAGCCUUGCGUCAGACCUCUCCGGAGCAGUCGACAUGUUGACCGCAGACGAGGCGAAGCGGCUGCUCCUUAUGUCGGCCCAGUCCAAUAUGUCAUUGGCCGAGGCCAUCCGGGGGAUCGCCAUAAGCCGUUCCCAAACAAAAUCGAGUAAAUCGACCCAGCAAGUGGACCAGGAUUACUUGGCCGACACCUUUGUGUUCGAUGAGCACCUCUACUAG